CACAUGUACUCACUGAAAUGUAUACGUUGUUGCUAACUUAUAGUAGUUAGCUGGGAAAUUAUAUUCCCCACACCGAAAUUACUGUGGUGCUGUCGCGUUAACUAGCUAGCUAAUUUAGAUAAUAACUCAGCAGUUCAAUAUCAGAUUAGAAAGGAAUAUAGAGAUUGAGUUCAAGUUGGAGUUUAAUAAUAUCCAAUGUUUUAAGGCAUUUUUGCCACAAAGGGUUAAUUUAAUUUAAGUCAAUCUUUCACUUUAGUUUAUGCAUCAUUGGCGCUUAGCUGUCAGGUUUGAUCAAAACCACAAGAUGGCGCUGGUUCAUAGUUUUGGUUACCCUAUUGUUAUAUACAUGUUGACCAAUUUAUCUCAAAAGAAAUAUGGAGGAAUUGCAUUUAUUUAUUGAGACUCUGGAAAAUGAAUGAAAUAAAACACAAAAUAAACAACAAAAAAGAAAAAAAAAACAAAGUUAAAGACAGCGUUCUCCUUUUCUUGAAGUUGCUUGUUCAGUUCUUACUUGGAAAAAAAAAUGUUCGCAAAGAGCUGCUGCUAACUGAGGCCAACAAAUUCAUUGCAAAUAUCAAACUGAUAGAAGUGUGUAGUGUGAUUGAAAUGGCUCAAGGACUCACUAAAUUGGCUGUGUGGUCAGACAAUAAAAAAAGAAUAGACAUUAUAUCUAGUCUUGAUACCACACCCAUUAUGUAUAUUUUUAACUGUAACAGAUCACCAACCCGUCACAUUUCUACAUGUUUGCAGUUUAAUAAACAAACUCAGCAUCAAAACAUAUAUCUCAAAAAGUAAACAUUUUCUGAUUCCAUCCUCUUAAAUGUGAAUAUUUUCUGGUUCAUUUCCACCUCUGUGACAGUAAACUGAAUAAUUUUGAGUUCAGACAAAACUAGACAUUUGAGGAUUGUCAUUUUAGGCUUUUGGAAACACAGACUUUUCCUGAUUUUCUGACAUUUUACAGAGCAAACAACAGUUUGAUUAAUCAAGAAAAUUACCAACUCAUAUCAUAAAGGAGGUGAAGUACAAAAGUAGCCUAAACCUCAGCAAUGACUGGCAGUAUCGGAGCCUUGAACCUCCUGGACUUCCUGGAUGUGGUGCGACAGCUGGACACCCAAACACGAACGCUUCCUGUCUGAAUGUAGAAACCCGUCUGUCCUUCUCUUUGUCUGUUUGCUAAGAAUCCACCUUCACUUGUCUGUUUUACUUCAUCUGCCUUCUUUUCAGAGUGUGUUUCUCUGUUCUUGGUGACAUCAGAAACUCCACUGCUGCUGGGGUUCUUCAGGCAAAUCUCAGCAGGUUUUGAACCCAUCUUCUUCCCGUCCUGGAUCCAUCCUCCACGGAGAAGCCUGGCUGCAGUGAGGAAAGAGUCUGUUUGGCUCUGCAGCUUCUCCAGAGGGUCUGAUGUGGCUGACAUCCUACUUCUGCUUCUGCACUGGGUUUGAGGUAUUUUUGAACAUGCUGAGAAAUGACAUGUUGUCAGUGCAGAGAGAAGCUGUGACAGGACGUCCAACUCAAAGCUCCCACAUUGUACAGAAACACAGACGCCAUCAUGUCCACGUUUGUUGUCCAGCAGCCUCGACCUGUGAUGGUGGCCCAAAACUCUGAUGAGUGGGGAUCGGGGAUAUGCGACUGCUGUGAGGACGUUCCUCAUUGUUGUUUCGCUUUCUGGUGCUGUCCAUGUUUCGCCUGUAUAACCGCCAGAGACUACGGUGAGUGCCUCUGUCUCCCCCUGCUGGAAAUAUUUGGCGGCUGGAUUCCUCCCAUCUCAAUGUCCAUGAGGGUCUCCAUGCGGCAGCGCUACGGCAUCAGAGGCACCAUGUGUCAGGACUGUGUGUAUUCGACCUUCUGCACAUCCUGCUCCUGGUGUCAGAUGUCCAGAGAGAUGAAGAAAAGAAACUUCCAAGUCGUUCUCGUCGGGGCCAAGACCACAUAACCUCUUCAUCACCAUUGUCAAACACAACUUGCUACAGAUGUUACUAGCAUGUCCAUAGCAAAGCAUAGUGGUUAAAAGAAAAUGCUUGAACCCAUGUUACUGACUGAACAUGAAUGUGUGCCUGUAAUUAUAAUUUAUUGAGAUUAUUCCAUCACAUGUACUUUAUCCUUUACAGGCAGCUGUAGCAUGAGCAUGUAUUAACCAAUUAAUGAUCUUAUCUUGUAAUUUUCUCUUACUUUGUUCUGGUUCUGUUAUCAGACAUACACAGCAUGAGUUUAUAAUCAGUCAAUCUGCUUUAUCCAUCAAAUGAACGUUAAGCAAUUUAAAUGAAUUCAGCUUAAAUCAUUACAUAGAAAUACUAUGUAGUAGUAUACAUAAAAAAUAGUAGAUAUACUGCAUCAUACAAUACAGUAGAGUAUGGUAAUCGAUAUUUUUAAUAAUAUAUAUAUUUUUAAUCAUUUUUUUAGUUCAAGUCUGUUACAUUUAACAUUUUGGCUUUCAAUAAUUAUCAAUCUUUUGUCAAUAAAAGUGCUUUAAAUGAAAACAGUGUUCUGGAUAUUUCCAUAUGUAUACAGUAUGCAGCUGAUAGAAGGCAACAGGACAUGAAUAUGUCGAUCAAUAAGCAAAUAUAAAGCAAACAAAGGACAUCCUGCACAGAAAAUAGCAGAAUAUGUCCUUUAAAUAACCACUUAAUGCCUAAAACAUCCACUAGAGGGAGCCAUACACGUCAUAAUGAGCCGACAUGGUUGAGGCCGUGUGGGGUCACAGUGCAUCAUCAACUGCUCCUGUGUUUUGAUUUAGUGAUAACACAAUGUCCAGGAAAAACAACUUUGCAAAGUGUUAUUAGAUAUGGGAGAAAAACUGAGACAUUCAAUUGGUGCACUUUCAAUCAAUUCACUUUAGUUAAGAAACAUUCAGAAAAAUGUGAAAUGUGUCCGCAGGAAAGGAUACAAUCAGCAUUUACCGUGAACACAAGUGAUGGAUGAAUAUUUAUUACUUAUUUUAC